UACUAUAGAAUAUAUAUAUCAGAAUGAAAGCCUUGAGGUCGAGUUUAGAGUAUUGGGGUUCGUUUCAAGUUUGAAGCGCCACCUAGGGUUUUCAUCGUCUUCAUUCUCUCUUUCUCUACCGUUCGGAUCUCUUUCGGCUUCACUCCGUUCUCGAAGUAACAUUUGCCUUUGAAAAUCUGUGUGCUCUGUCCCUGUAUAAUAUGGAACUUGAAGACAGGAAUAAGGGCACUGAGAAUCCUCCAGAAGAGUCUUCUAAUCCUCAAUCAUCAGAAAAAGAUGAUAGCAAGAAGGAUACAAAUCAUGCUGGUUCAAGCAAUCUGGAGUUGAGUGACAAGAAUACUCCACAAUCACUGAAGGCCAAAUCUAAAAUCAUUAAGAAACGUAAGGCUGGCAAGUUUAAGACCGUAGUAAAUAAAGGUUCUCAACAGAUUGGGGAAAAGAAAAGGAAUAGGAAGAACAUAAAAGUAGUGGACAAUACUGAUGAAAAUGAGGAGGCUAAAAAGAAUAAAGAGAAGGAAAGUCAAAAUGGGAGCACUAGUGUCAAAAGAAAUAGGAAGAACAUAAAAGUAAUGGGCAAUAGGGAUGAAGUGUCUAAAGAGAAGGUUGAGAAGGCUGAAAAGAAUGAAGAGAAAGAAAGUCAAAAGGGGAACACUAGUGACAAAGGUCCAAUCGGGAAGAGCCAUCGGGUUCAAAAAAAUAAGAUCGUGAGGUUGGGUAAGAGUGAACAAAAACAGAAGAAUAAAGAGAAGCAUAGGGAGCCAAACAAGGGUGCCCAGAGUAGAACAAACAAAGCUGAGCAUAGUGGCAUGGGGAAUACUGAAUCAAGGGAGAGAAAGAGAGAAAAACUUGGUGGUUUCAUCUUCAUGUGCAAUGCAAAGACAAAACCUGAUUGUUUCCACUAUCGUGUCAUGGGUGUUUCAGCUGGUAAAAAAGAUGUCAUUUUAGAUAUUAAGCCUGGGACUAAGCUUUUUCUUUAUGAUUUUGAUCUGAAGCUAUUGUAUGGGAUUUACAAAGCUUCAUCUUCUGGUGGUAUGAAACUUGAACCCCGUGCUUUUGGUGGUAACUUUCCUGCUCAGGUGCGGUUCAAUAUUGCUUCUGAUUGUUUCCCGAUACCUGAGAGCAUUUUCAAAAAGGCCAUCAAGGAAAAUUACAAUGAAAAGAACAAGUUCAAAACAGAACUUACUGUUAGACAAGUCAGGAAGCUUACUGAACUUUUCCGACCAGUGGAUAUUCGUUCAGCCAGAGAGCCUAUCCGGUCCCCUCCAAAAGCAAUAAUUCGAGAUAGGGAUGAUGUUAGGGAAUCAUGGCCCCAUUUGCCUAGGGAAAGAACUGCUGGAGAUCCUUACACCAUUAGUCAUGUGAAAGGCUACAAUGUGCUGCCUCAUGAAAGGGAUGAGGAAACUCCUCGUGAUUUAUUUCUUACUGAGAAGAGUUAUCGAGCUUAUGGUCUCCGAGGAGAUAGAAGAAAUGUGACUCCAGCUUCUCAAGUUAAUCCUAUAAUGGAACCGUACCCUAUAAUGGAUCCUUACGAGAGAGAUCAUGAAAGAGAGCACCUUCAUCACAUGGACCCUAUCUACAGGAAGAAUCUCCCUGCACAUUUAGAAAGUCAUCGUGCUGAUCCCCUUCGUUUGAGCGAGAGGGAACAUAAUACCUAUUUUCGUGGUGCAAUUUCUGAACAUGUAGAGGAUCCUUAUCAUGCCUAUCGCCAUGGCGCUUCACCAAGGGAUCCAUAUUUGCCACCUUUAAAUAGAGAGGAAAGGAGAGAGACUGUUCAAGAUAGGCUUUACUCAACAUAUUCUGCUGCUGAUGCUUUGUCUGAAUAUAAUAGGAUGCAGCACUACCAUGGAGAUAGGUUGGAACCUGCAGCUGCACCAGUUUCAUCUCGUUAUUCUUUUGCUGGUCCAUCGUAUUCGCUUCGCUAAAAUAAACGUGCAGUCUGAUUCCCCCGUAUGUCUUGUGUUCCUUAAGAUCAUCUUAAGUUCUGGUGACUGACUGACAUUUAAAAACUGUAUGCAUGAAUCCUUAUACUUUCUUUUAGGCACAUCUGGGGAAGCAUUUUUACAUUGUGUCUGAGAUUUGAAUGCUGUAAAAUGUGCAAAGUGCCAUUGAUAAUGACCAUUUACCAUGCAGGGCACUAACUAGCUUUGGAACUUUUCAAAUUUGUGGUUUAUAGCUAGUUGGAAUAUGCUUAUUUAAUGGAUACCAAAAUAGACUAGCAACUUUCAAUUGAUUCAGCUACUAAGGUUGUCAUGUUAUCUAGGCUGAUAAUUUUUUUAUGAUCUGU